AUGCCGCUUCUUGGGGCUUCUUGUAGACACGCCCUGUCAGCGUUGCCGUUCGACCUACCGCUUCCCUUGCCUCCAUUAUCUACGACAGUCUGCCAACCACGCUCGAGACGACUCCAAGUUCCCCCACAUCUACCAACCUCACUCGAGGACGAAGUAUCAUCCAUGCCGCCAUCCAGAAUUCGCACGAUCCAACAGUCUCUCAUCGACGACUAUCAUCCCAACAUCCAAGUGCAAGACGAUGUCUUGGAGUCCAAACUGACGAAGGAGCUCUUCGACGACCUCUUGGACACUUGUCCCGUACCUCGUCGCGUCGGCCUCGCUGCAAUCUACUCCUCGAGCACCCGCAGCCGCGGGAUCCUCACCCGUCUUGUCGUCGCCACCAGCACCAAGGCCGUCGUGAUCCAGUUCCACGCGAAGGGAAAGGGCGCUAACGCGUACCGCGGCCGCGAAGUCCUCGCCGAGCAGAUCCUCUGCAACGAAGACGUCACCCUCCUCGCAUUCGACAUCGGAGAGCUCGCCAUCGCCCUCUUCGCCGACCAGAACCUCCGCAUCCUGAACGGCGUCGACCUCCAGUCCGCUUUCGGGGUCGGCCGGCCGCCGCUAGCCGCAAUCAAGUUUGCCGUCGAAGAGCACGCCGCCGUCCUGAAGGAGAACGUCGAGAGCGUCUUCGCGCAGUCCGUAUGGGACGACAAGCGCGCCAGCGCUGUCACCAUUGCUUGCACCCAGCAGGCUUGGGUCGCGCAGUGUGUCGCGACGUACGCAGGGAUGGAGGAGAGGGUCAUGGCCGCGAAGAAGGUCAACACGAGAUUUAUGAAUGAGACGCAACUCCGCGCCAUCGCACAGCUCGAGCGCGGCGACCAGAAGCUCGCGCUCGUCCAGCCCACGUCCAUCGCCCACGACUUCUCCGCCGUCGGCGCACGCCACCAGACCGCGCACCUCCGCGCUGAACGAUUCCAGACCCGCUUCCGGAAGGACGACACGGGCGUUCAGACCCAGCGCAUCGCCGUUCACGACCCGAAGACGGGAAUCGACUUCUUCAUCAACGGCACGAUCGUCACGGCUCAAGGGCGCAACGUCACGCUCAAGACCGACAGCUCUCUCGAAGGUCGAUCCAUCAUAUCCAUCACCACCGAGGGCGCAGACCGUCCGACGAAUGCGAACCAGCAGCGGUCGCACGCUGUACUCCAGGCGCUUCAGGGCGGCGACAUCCUACAGAACCCGUUCCUCAAAUACAUCUUCGAACCAUCCUCGGAGUUUGCAUGGCCUGAAGCCUUCCCGGUCGUCGAUACCAUUCCCCCGAUCAUCACCAAACGUCCUCUGAACGAUUCCCAACAACGCGCUGUCGAGCAUAUGCUCCUCAAGACCAGUGAAACCAGACUGAGUAUCAUACAGGGCCCCCCUGGCACAGGGAAAACCACAGUCAUAGCUGCAUUUGUCGCCUCAGCUGUUGCUGCUGGUACAAGUGGCAUCUGGCUUGUCGCUCAGACCAACAUUGCUGUGAAGAACAUUGCUGAGAAGCUGGCGGAUGUUGGCUUCCUGAACUGGAGGCUGCUAGUCUCUAACGACUUCCACCUUGAAUGGCAUGAACAUAUCUACACUAGUAUCAACAAGAAUAUCAUUCUAUCACGUGACUUCAAGAGGGCGCAGCGGAAGGUCCAAGGCAUCCCAGUCAUACUCUGUACUCUAUCCAUGCUAGCCCACCCCAAACUGCACAUCUUCACCACAGCUAACCCUAUCAGCACUCUGGUCAUUGAUGAAGCUAGCCAGAUUGGCAUUGGGGACUAUGUAGCCCCUCUCCAGCAGUUCCCAUCCAUCUCUAAGAUCUGCAUGAUAGGAGAUGACAAGCAAUUGCCUCCAUUUGGUGCUGAUGAUGACAAUAUCAUUCAGAGCAUCUUUGAGAUCUCCCACCUGCGCUCUACAGCACUAUUCCUCAGUAUCCAAUACCGCAUGCCUCCCCUUAUUGGAGAGGUUGUCUCAGAGGUCAUCUAUGAGGGGCAGCUCCAGUCCUGGCCAGACCACCCAGUUCCCACCACUCAAGACAGCUGCUGGUUUGUCCAUACUGAGGACUCUAGGGAGCUGCAGCAUGAGACUAGUUGGCAUAACCCUGCUGAGAGACUCACAGUCCUUAAAAUUGCUGAGAAGCUCCAGGCAGAGGACAAGGAGUACUGCAUCAUCACCCCCUAUGAUGCUCAGCGCAGUUUCCUUGAGAAUGAGCUGAAAGCUUCUGGUCUUGUCUGGCAGGACAAAUGCUUCAAUGUAGACUCCUUUCAGGGGAAUGAGAAGGACUAUGUCAUAGUCUCCCUGAGAGGCAUGUACAUUGUCACCUCCUGGGACUUUGUGUGGGACAGGGCUGCUCAGACUCUGGUGGGCAGGAUGGCAGCUGCCUGGGGUGAUGAAGUCUGGGUGAACCCAGAGUGCCUUACAGUUGAGGAUGCCUGA